AUGUCCUACGUCCUCGACAUCCUCUCGCCGCGCGGCCUUCUCAAGCAGUGGCAGCCUGCCGUGCUCACGCUACACGAGCAAACGCUCACGCUCACCGACAAGGGCAAAGUCGUCACCACGCUGCGCGUCGCUGCUGCCCGCCCGCUCCCCGCGACGCCCAAACAAACGUACCUUGUCGAGAUUUCGCCAGCUUCAGGCGGCAAGAUCUUGACACUGGCAGUCACCACAGCCUUCUUGCAGUCGCAGCUCAUCGCCGUCGUCAGUGCGGCUGCUGCCUCGCCGUCGUGGACGCUGCCGUCCGUGUCUCGACUCGACAUGCAACUGGCUGUCGCCGACGCCUCGACGACAUCCAAGAUCACUUGCGCGGCAUGA